AGAAAGGGAGAGGAGAAAAGUCAUCUGAAAAUAAGGAAAAGAGAGAAAGAAAGGGAGAAUGAUCAAAAAAAUCAACUUAUUAGAAGUGGAAUUAAUGCUAAAAAUUGAUGGAAGAAGUUGAUAGCCAAAGGUUUUAAGCUUGAUCAAAGACAAUGUGGGAACCCUCCUGCGAGAUGUGGACAUUUUUCAUGCUUACAUUGUUGUCCAUUACUUUCCUUUCAAAAAUACUAAAAAAUCACCAAAAUGAUCAAAGUCAGAGGAGAAACACAUUUCCUCCAGGGAGAAGAAGCUGGCCUGUUAUAGGUGAUAGCUUCAAUUGGUACUCUGCCAUUGCAAGUUCUCAUCCUUCCAAGUAUGUUGAAGAACAAGCCAAAAGAUAUGGGAAGAUCUUCUCGUGUCAUGUUUUUGGAAAAUAUACAGUGGUAUCGAUCGAUCCAAAGUUUAAUAGAUAUGUGAUGCAAAACGAAGGGACAUUGUUUCAAUCGAGCUAUCCCAAAUCUUUCAGAGAUUUGGUAGGCCUCAAUGGUGUGAUCACAGUCCAAGGAGAACAACAAAGGAAACUCCAUGCAAUUGCCUCCAAUUUUAUGCGUAUAAACAAACUCGAUUUUAGCUUCCUAAAAGACAUUCAAACCAUAAUCAUCCAUUCCUUGUCCACUUUCCAUGACGGUCAUCAAGUAAUAUCUCUCCAAGAUGCUUGCAGGAAGAUUGCCAUUAAUAUGAUGGUAAGUCAGCUAUUGGGUGUGUCAAGUGAAUCAGAAGUGAAUGAAAUUAGUCGGUUAUUUUACGACUUCGUGGAUGGCUGUAUAUCUAUUCCUAUCAACUUACCUGGCUUUGCCUAUUACACCGCAAUGAAGGCAAGGAAGCAAAUCAUAAGCAAAAUUAAGAAGAAAAUAAAGAUGCAGAAAUCAACGGAAAGGAGUGGGGAGGGAGUGCUUGCAAGACUACUAGAGGAGCAAAAGUACUUAUCGGAUGAAGCAGUUGAAGAUUUCAUAAUCAAUCUUCUUUUUGCUGGAAACGAAACCACUUCUAAAACAAUGCUUUUCGCAGUCUAUUACCUAACCCACUCGCCUAAAGCAAUGAAGCAACUUGUGGAUGAACAAGAUGCUUUAAGAAAUAAAUAUGGAGAUAAUACAAUCACAUGGCAGGAUUACAAGUCAAUGUCCUUUACCCAGUGUGUUAUUGAUGAGACACUUCGACUCGGAGGAAUUGCGAUUUGGUUGAUGAGAGAGACAAAAGAAGAGAUCAAAUACUCAGAUUACGUGAUUCCAAAGGGAACUUUUGUUGUUCCAUUUCUUUCUGCUGUACAUUUGAACGAGAAUAUAUAUGAAGGAGCUUUAACUUUUAACCCUUGGAGAUGGAUGGAGCUUAAAAAUCAGGAAAUGAGAAAUUGGAAAAGUAGCCCAUUCUUUUCCCCGUUCGGAGGAGGUGCUAGAUUGUGUCCGGGAGCAGAACUGGCUCGUCUUCAAAUUGCUCUAUUUCUUCAUCACUUUGUAACCAAAUAUAGGUGGACACAAAUUAAAGCAGAUAGAAUGUCUUUCUUUCCCUCUGCUCGGUUAGUCAACGGCUUCCAAAUUCGCUUGAAAAGACGGGAACAUUAAUUGCAUCUAUCUUUAUACGAUUUAUUUAACCAAUAUUUGUC